AAAAAGAUCAUGAGUAAUGAUCAUGAAAAAAUUACUUUGAUGGAACAUGUGGUUUUCCAGCCUAAAAGGUUUUCAUGGGUGACUGAGGUGGACAUACCUAGUCUAGAGGACAAGGAAUACAUUUGCAAAAGUUACCAGAGCACUAUGGACUUGUCAAAGGAACUCCAGUAUGAAGUCCAGUCUCCCAUUCCAGUGGAAAGGCAGAUCAGUUCAUCAAACUUACAGUGUGAGGGAGUGGGAGUCAAGAAUGCAGAGAAGCAGAAUGCAGCAGAAAAUGCAAAGGGUGCAAAUCCAGCUGAACUGCGAAAAUUAUCCGAGAGAAGAGACCCACCGCUAAAACCUCCUCGGAAGUCAAAGCUCUCUGUGCAACCGUCACACAAGCUUCCAAGGGACCCAGAUGUCAUAGCCAUAUCUUCGCCAACCCUCCCGAACACUCCAGCUCGUAUCAUUAUGACUCCACCAGACACGCCCUCAGUAACAGAAGCUGGUCAGAGAAUGUCGACAUUUGGUCACAAUUCCAGCUUUUCCAGACCACGUGGACAUACCAGGAGUAAGUCAGAGAGUGUGAAAAUGGACAUACCAACUACAAGGGAAACUAGUGAUCAAGCAUUGAAAAUGGAAAAACUGAAUUCAAAGCAAGACAGACGAUCAAAGUCAAUCACAAAUCCAUUACUGAUUCCAAGCUCAAUCCGACCAAAAACUCCAACCCCGCCAAGAUCUCCUGUUGGAUACGUAGAAAGGGACCAGCAAAUGCGUGAUAAGUCUACAAGUCACCUGAAGCUGGACAACAUCAAAGAGGGAAUAGGCAGAAGUAAAGAGGAACUGAGGAUGGUGCUUGAUUCUCCUCAGCCAGACUCCCUCCUCCUGCGUAAUGCAAACACAGGCAGGGGAAAGAAGUAUUUAGAGUUGGACUAUAACCAGCCUAAAAGAAAGAGUGAAGGAAAUUUGUUAGAUGGAAACAUUAGUCCAGUUGCAAAAGAUCAGUAUGACCAAAUUGUGAAAGAACUUGCUUCCAGCAUGUGUAGAGUUCGAUUAAAUGACAACAGUUGCAAAAGUAGAGAUAAUAUUUCUCAGAAUAUAGAUGCCAGUAGCAACCAGCUAAGAGAAGAUGUGUCUUUAAAAGUUCAUGCGGUAGAGGAAGGAGAUAACAACAAACCUCAUUCAUGUUUUUCUGCAAAAUCUCAGGUAAGGAAGUCCAUGUUCAUAAGUCAUGAUGAAGAGGACUCCAUACUAGAGGAUAAGCCACUCACGAGUGAGAGUGGUGAGGCGAGUGCCCGUGCAUUUGGCACUGAUGACGACACCCCUGGCCAGGGUGCCAGACGAUUCUUCCCACCGUCCCCCCGUUGCUUAAGUCCAGAUAAUGGCUCUGGGACACACUCAGACAGGGAGGAAUCCACAUUUAGUGAUGAUACAGAGGGAUCGACGUCUACCCUUCCUUGUCUGGGGAUUGGAAGUGAUCACUACAAGGAAUUGAAGAGAUCUCUUGACUCUGAGAAGUGGCUCGCAACUAACAAUGAUGAUGGAAAGAUUUAUUACUAUGAGGAGAGUGGCAGUAAGAGUCAGUGGAAACUACCUGAGCUUGAUUCCUUUGAUGAGUUUGAUAUAAGGGAUGGCCAACAGACUUCAACUCUGGAGAGCCAGAGGGUGUCCUUAGUUACUGAAAACUUGGCUGAGCUAAGUAAGAACAUUGUCAAAGAAGGAUUCAUGCAGAGAACGUUCAUUUUGAAAGAGGGAAAGAAGGUGCGCAAAAAUUGGACCUCCUCUUAUGCUCGUUACAUUGUCAGUUCUUUCAAUUCUGGAUCACAAGGACUUAUACACUUUUCUAAGACGAAGGAUGAUGACAAGAAAGCUGAAAUAUUUGAUUUCAUUCCACCAUGUUCCCUUGACCUUUCCAAUGACAAGAAAACAAGUAGGCAGCAAGUCAUUGCUUUACGCAAUGGCCAAGACACAGAAGUACUACUUCAGUUUGAAGAUCGAGACAUUGAGAAUGAAUGGCACAAAGUUCUGGUUGAUCAUGAUGGAAUGCAGCAGAAUAUGGCUUCAGUGGCAGAGAAGGAGGAGAAGAAAGGGAAGAAAGGCUCAGAGAAGAUGAAACGGGCAGCCAGUAUUGAACAACUCGCUCCGGACAGCAAGGGCAUCACUGAUAAGUUGCUGAACUUCAUCAAAAGACGACCCCUGAAGGAAACUCUGGAAAAGAAGGGGAUUUAUAAAGAGGCUGUUUUUGGCAGCACGUUGUCAGAGUUACACGUACAAGACAAGACCACGAUACCAAUAUUUGUUCUCCAGUGCAUUAAUCACAUAGAAAAGUCUGUUGAGAAUCUCCGUGCUGAUGGCCUGUAUAGGAUAUCCGGUAACGCUGCUCAGAUCCAGAAAAUUCGAUAUGAGGUGGCACAAAGGAACUAUACCAUCUUGAGCAGGGAGAAGGAAGUACACAACCUGUCGGGGGCUCUCAAACUCUUCUUCCGGGAGCUCAAGGAACCCCUCAUUCCCUUUGCCAACUACCAGGACUUCAUUCAAGCAACAGGCUCUGAGUACCGAAAAAAGAAUCAGCAGGUUGAAAAGUUAACGAAAGCAGUGCGGCAGCUUCCUUUGGAAAACUAUGAUACCAUGAAAGUCUUGUUGCAGCAUUUGUUAAGAGUGAGCGAAUAUGAAAGCGAGAAUCGGAUGAGUAUAUCAAACUUGGCCAUCGUGUUUGGUCCAUGCCUACUCUGGCCGAGAAUCACCAAUGCUCAAGACCUCAUGACGGAUGUGAUGCUUCAUAAUCGCGUUAUCGAAGGACUUUUAUUAGAUUACCAAAAGAUAUUUUCUUCCAAAAGAUGAGAAAGGAAGUGGAGAAGCCAUGAAUCACUCUUAGGUGCUAUUUUCUCCCUGUUGUUUUCUGCUCUUGCCCUCCGAACCCUUGGCUUUUGACUGGGAUUACUAAAUUGUUGUAGUGUACCCUGGAAUCAGAAUACGUGCAUUUUCAUCCACACACUAAAAGGAAUGCGAUGUGUGACAAAUCCAUUUAAAAAGACAACUGUACUCUAUGAUAUUCUUAG